AUGAACAUAACCCCGGCCGAGAAACAAGCCCUUCACGCCGGUUGGAAGCCGCACGACAACGUGAUCAGCGGCUCAAACAGCAGCCGCAGCCUGCGACCCGAAGCAGAAGCUGAUUUCGACGAACCACCGACGUCUUCGUUCGAGAUGGAAAACGCGGAGCUACAGCCCAAUGGACGGGGAAUGCACGCUAUGGAAGUUGAAGAUGAGGGGGCCGGACUUCCUGGGCCGGAGCAGUAUGCGAUGAGAGGGGCUGUCGAGCCGGGAGAUGAUAUUGGGGGUAGCGGCGGCGAGAGGGACUCAGAUGAUUUGUGA